AUGGCUGGUAUAAAACCCCACAGAUUGGGGUACACCAUCUUGUUGGUUGCUAACACCACAACAGGUGAUCAGCAAGACAAGACAACAGAAGCCAACCACAAGACAGAGAAAAAGCGACCAACAGGUAAAGACACUUUCUCAGAAAUGGCAGAAAGCUGGGGAAGUGCUGCUUAUGCAGCCAGGCGACAAAACCAAGAUACAACGAGAGAAUCUUCCUUUACCUUCACCAACAGCAAUAACACCAAAGAUCCCUUUGAGGGCCCCAACUACCACAUUGCUCCAAGAUGGGUGUACAAUGUUUCAACACUUUGGAUGAUCAUAGUGGUCAUCCUCUCAGUCUUCACCAAUGGCCUGGUACUGGUGGCCACUGCAAAAUUCAAGAAGCUCCAACACCCUCUGAACUGGAUCUUGGUCAACCUUGCUAUUGCUGACAUUGGAGAAACACUUUUGGCAAGCACCAUCAGCGUUUGCAACCAGUUUUUUGGCUACUUCAUUCUGGGACAUCCAAUGUGUGUCUUUGAGGGAUACACUGUCUCCACUUGCGGAAUUGCUGCUCUGUGGUCCCUGGCUGUCAUCUCUUGGGAGAGAUGGGUGGUGGUGUGCAAGCCCUUUGGAAGUGUCAAGUUUGAUGCCAAAUGGGCCAUGGGAGGCAUUAUCUUCUCCUGGGUCUGGGCUGCUUUCUGGUGUGCCCCCCCCAUCUUUGGCUGGAGCAGGUACUGGCCUCACGGCCUGAAGACUUCCUGCGGACCUGAUGUGUUCGGAGGCAAUGAGGAUCCUGGAGUCAAAUCCUACAUGAUCACUCUCAUGAUUACAUGCUGCUUCUUCCCCUUGUUCGUGAUCAUCUUCUGCUACAUUUUCGUGUGGCUAGCCAUUCGUGCUGUUGCUGCACAACAGAAAGACUCUGAGUCAACACAGAAGGCCGAGAAGGAAGUGUCCAGGAUGGUUGUUGUCAUGAUUAUAGCUUACUGUGUAUGCUGGGGACCUUAUACCUGCUUUGCCUGCUUUGCUGCGGCUAACCCUGGGUAUGCUUUCCACCCUCUGGCAGCCGCAAUUCCUGCCUACUUUGCCAAGAGCGCCACCAUCUACAAUCCAGUUAUAUAUGUCUUCAUGAACAAACAGUUCCGUACUUGCAUCAUGCAGCUCUUUGGAAAGGCAGAAGAUGAUGGCACUGAAGUGUCUACAUCAAAAACAGAGGUUUCCUCUGUGGCACCUGCAUAA